AGCUAACAAAAUGCCUCCUGCAUCACCCAGAACUCCCUGGUUGAUUAUUGGGCAUUUGAUAUUCCGUCGUCUUCUUCAGCUCCCUUUGCCACAGAACUGCUCUCUCUCUCUCUAACAGAAGAACAAUUCACAAGCUAAUUAAAACUGCUCUGUCUCUCUCAGAAGAACAAAUUCCGUUUUCUCUCAGGUCACCGAAGCCGAAAAUGUUAGGAGAGUCAGAGCAGAGGAUUAGGCCUGCGGUGCUUUCAGGGGAAAGGUGUUACAGUGCAGAGGAUUAGGCCUGUAGUGUUGUCAGACCCCCCGAAAGAAUCCCCAAAAUGUCCUUCCUCGAUGAAUUUCAAGCCAGCUGCUCGAAUCCGGUGCCGAUUUACGCAGAUUUGGACUCUCUGCCCGGAAUUCUGCAAAAGAAGUACGCCUUGUUGCGUGAUCUAGAUAAGAGUUUACAAGAUAUCCAAAGAGAAAAUGAACAGCGCUGUGAACAAGAAAUAGAGGAAAUCAGGAGAGGAGUUAGGUCUGGAAAUAUUACACCCAAUACUUCACUUGUCAGAUUCUCAGAUGAUGCGCUUGAUGAGCAAAAGCACAGCGUCAGGAUUGCAGACGAAAAGGUGGCCUUGGCUGUGCAGGCAUAUGAUUUGGUAGAUACACACAUACAGCAACUUGAUCAAUAUUUGAAAAAAUUUGAUGAAGAUCUUCGACGCGAGAGAGAGGCUGCUGCUGCAAGUGCAGUGCCUGCUCCAAUUCUUGAUGGUAGCACAAAAGCUGGAAGAGGGAGUGAAAGUGGCAGAGGAGGGCGUAAGAAAACACGCCAGGCAACAGCAGCAGCGGCUGCUGCAGCAACUACAGCAGCAAAUCCUACUGGUAUGGAUUUAGAUCUACCAGUGGAUCCAAAUGAACCCACAUACUGUUUCUGUAACCAAGUCAGCUAUGGGGAGAUGGUUGCUUGCGAUAACCCCGAUUGCAAAAUUGAAUGGUUCCAUUUUGGUUGUGUUGGUCUGAAAGAACAACCAAAAGGAAAAUGGUAUUGUUCCGAUUGUGCUGCACUGAAAAAUCGUCGUAAAGGUAGAUGAAGCUAGAAAGCUGUUCAGGGCCCUCUGUUAUUCAGAUUUGUACGGCCAUAUUGUGGAAUAUAACUUUAGUGGAUCUAUGCAUAUGUAUUUUUAAUUUUUCUCUGCAAUUGUUAAAAUGUAACUUUCAGCUUUAGUUAGAAGUAUCUUUUUCAUUUA